AGUUGCGAAUUUCCGCUUGCGACGAGUAGUUCGUAUCGCCCUGAGGCGCCACUGUUUUGAACGCGUGCUGGUCAACUGGUGUGUGAUUUUUUUUCAGCCGAUUUCAAAAUGGAGCUGUUCGUCUGGAGUCUCCAGCUGGCCUUCAUUGGCAUCGUGACAGCAUCUUCUGGAAGUUGGAUGUACCUCGGACUAGUUGACUAUCAGUCGAUCCGGUCGUCUGACAGAUUGGCAGGCGAUCAACCCUCGGUCGAUGACGGUUCCCCAACACCUCUGGUGGACCCUCUGGCAGUACGGCUGUCAGAGCUGUGUAGCGCCGUCCCGGGUCUGGUGGCAGAACAACUGGACCUCUGUCAUCGGAACCCUUACGCUCUAUUGGCCAUAUCUGAGGGCGCGCGUCGAGGAAUCGUGGAAUGCCAGGAACAAUUCCGGAAUGAACGCUGGAAUUGCACUCUCGAAGGAGGCAUCAAUGUUUUCGACAUGACCCUGCAACGAGCGUCACGUGAAGCCGCUUUCAUCUUUGCUGUGACAUCCGCAGGUGUCGUGCACUCGGUUUCGCGAGCUUGCUCAGCAGGGAAUUUGACAGACUGCGGCUGCGAUCCGAACAAACCAACAGGUCACAAGAGUGGAAGAGGUUGGAAGUGGGGAGGUUGUUCAGCAAAUAUCGCACAAGGACUCGAUGUCGCGAAAGAGUUCAUCGAUGUCGCUGAAAGGGAAUCUGAAAAGAACACACUCCGAUCGCUCAUGAAUCUCCAUAACAAUCAGGCUGGCCGCAUCGCUAUCAGAAAAAACAUGAGACUUCGAUGCCGAUGCCAUGGAAUAUCCGGAUCCUGUGAAGUGAAGACCUGUUGGAUGCUGUUGCCGAACUUCGAAGAUAUUGGAGGUUUCCUUAAGGAGAAAUACGAAAACUCGAUCCAGAUCUCAGCAGAAGGUCUGAAGAAGCAACGAAGGGGGAAGCGUCGCGUUCCGUACUCGAGAGAUAGCCUGGUCCACAUUCACGAGUCUCCGGAUUUCUGCGACAGGAACGCCAAGAAGAAGAUUCUCGGCACAACCGGUCGAGUCUGCAACAAACAUUCGAAAGGAUCCGACAGUUGCGACUAUCUGUGCUGCGGCAGAGGGGCUCGACGAAUCGUCAAACGGAUAACUGAACGAUGCGACUGUCAAUUCCACUGGUGCUGCUAUGUCACUUGCAAGCUGUGCGAGAGCCGCACCGAAACCUACAUCUGCAAAUGA